AAAAAAUAGUUGAAUUGUGUAGAAAAGUUAAAUCGCCAUCUUUUUCCGACCAAAGUGACUUGAACGCAACCGACGUCGUAAUAACGACUUGUCAACUCGUAAGUACGAACAUCCCGGGAACACUUGAACGCAGCAUUAAACUGAAGUACUAAGUAUAUGCAUCUCAUUUUUACCCUUUGUUUUGACCCACAUUAUACUGUUCAUUGAGGGAGGGUAUUUUGAAUGUAUUGUACCCACAUGAAAUGACACUCUUAUAUUUCUCCACAUUUAAGGAGGCAAAUUUUAAACAGCAAUUGUAAUUGGAAAAGCCUGUCAAAGAAAGGGGAUUGUCCGUACCACUGGAAUACCAGGAAUACUCAUCUCUAUGUUCAGAAAUGUGAUAAAGUGCACAUAUUCAUGUAUUAACAUGACAUUUUGGAUUGGUGGUCCACACCCACAUUAUAAUGCCACAGGAGGUGGAGCAAAUGUAUAUGUGUCGGAAGUGAACUUCAUAUAAAUUUGAGUAGGAAUACAGCUGAGGAUCCAGAGACUGUAGAUCCUUCCACACAGGCACAAUGUCGACCUACAAGGUGACUGUAUAUAUUAGUAAACAGAUGAUUGCUCAGACAACAAACAGAAUUUACCUGACGCUGAUGGACUCAGAGAAGCGGAGCAGUGAAAGAACCCUGGUGAAUUACUGGUCUUCUAUUCCUAAAACGGAGAUCUCCCUUGACAUCCAUGUGGAGAAGAACAUUGGAGACAUUGUCCAGGUGAAACUUGAAAAGCAGAAACAUCUUGUCAAUUCUCCUUGGUUCUGUAAGCAUAUCACAGUGCAAACACCUUCUGCAGACUACUUUGAGUUCCCCUGUUAUUGCUGGUUAGUGGACGAAAAUGAAGUGAUGAUCCGAGAAGGCGCUGCUCGACUGCCUCAGGAUGACACCAAAUAUUUUCAAGAGCAAAGAAAAGAUGGACUGGAAUCUAGACAGAAAAUAAUCAGAUGGAACGAGUGGAGCCCAGGCUUCCCUGGGAGCAUAGAUGCCAAAGUGAAAGAACUUCCUAAAGAAGUUCAGUUUGAUGGAGAAAAAGAUUUAGACUGGUAUUGCAAUUUAGCGGAAGUGGUGGUGUAUUUAGGUCUUGAGAAAUUUUACGAUCACUUUGAGUCCUUUAAAAAAAUUCUGGAUUUUGAAAAUAUACUUAAGCAUUUGGGAACUCUGGGCCACAAGACCGCAGUACUAGAGGAAUUGGUGAAAUACUGGAAUAAGGAUUACAUGUUUGGCUAUCAGUUUCUGAAUGGCUGCAAUCCUGUCAUGAUCAGGAAGUGCACAAAGCUUCCAGACAAAUUUCCAGUCACACAUGAGAUGGUCGAGGGCUGUCUGAGGAGAGGAGUCACACUACAAGAGGAAUUACAGGCAGGAAACAUCUACAUAGCAGAUUAUGAAAUACUGAAGGGAGUGCCAGCAUCUAGCAGCCAGCGCUAUCUGACUGCACCCAUCUGCCUACUGUACAAGAAUAAUCUGAACCAAAUUGUGCCAAUCGCCAUUCAGCUCAGUCAAACCCCAGGGGAAAUGAGUCCAAUCUUUCUCCCAAGCGAUAAUAAAUAUGACUGGAUGCUUGCCAAGAUGUGGGUAAAAUCCUCAGACUUCAUUGUACACCAGUUGGUCACACACCUUCUCAAGACACAUCUGUUGGCAGAGGUUUUUGAAAUAGCCAUGUACAGACAGCUUUCUGCCGUCCAUCCCGUAUACAAGUUACUGAUACCUCAUGUUCGUUUCACAAUUGCAAUCAAUGCAAAGGCCCGUGAAAACCUCAUCAGUGAAGGCGGGGUCUUCAGCAAGAUUAGUAGCAUCAGUGGAGCUGGGAUGGAGAAACUGAUGAAAAAUGCCAUGGAGACUUUAACCUACAAGUCCCUGUGCUUCCCUGAGGACAUAAAAGCUCGAGGAAUGGAAGAUGUGCCCAACUACUAUUAUAGAGACGAUGGCAUGAGGAUCUGGGAGGAAAUACACAGCUUUGUUUCUGCUGUGGUCAUGAUCUACUAUGACAGCAAUAAGGCGGUUCAACAAGAUGUGGAGAUUCAAGGAUUUGUGAAGGAUGCCUGCUUCGGCAUAAAUAAUUCUGACAGCUUUCCAAAGUCUCUGAAAUCUCGAGAGAAGUUGGUCGAGUACCUGACUGUCGUGAUUUUCACAGCUUCAGCACAACAUGGUGCUGUCAACUUUGGACAGUUUGACUGGUACAGCUGGAUCCCCAACAGUCCUUCCACCAUGCGCAAGCCACCUCCUCAAAAAAAGGGCCAAGAGGAUAUGAUGGAGUAUAUCAUGGAGAGUCUGCCUGACCAUGGUUGUUCCAGCGAGGUUCUGGGAACAGUUUGGUCCCUCACUCGGACCGAGAAGAAUGAGCUGUUCUUAGGCAUGUAUCCAGAUAUGUACUUCACAGAGCAACCAGUGAAGGAAGCCAUAAAAACUUUCCGCAAGAAACUAGAUGAAGUGACCAACAUCAUCAAGAGCCGGAAUGAAGAAUUAACAUUGGCCUAUUGCUAUCUGUCCCCAGACAAAAUCCCCAACAGUGUUGCAAUUUGAGGAAAUACUGGCAGAAACAUUUUGCCGGGCCUAACCAUAGUGUUUACGGCCAAUGCAUGCUUCACAAAGAAAUAGAGAAGAACAGCUCUACUCAAAAUAGGAAUUAUUGUAAAACAGAGCAUUCUGCUUUUUUUUGUUGGGAAGUAUGGGAUAUUAUUUCGUAAAGCCUAAAUCUGUGCAUUAGAGAUGUGCGGAUGAGCUAAAAUGUCACCCGCAUCCGCUGCUUCAAAUAAAUUAUCCACCCGCCACCCGCCCAACGUAUAAUUUUGUCUGAUAUAGAUAUCCGCACCCGAUCGUCACUUUAACUACUCUAAUUCUUUGUUUUAAGCAUGAUGUUAUCAGAUUCAGUGACGUUAGAACUAAUCUGCCGAUCUCUGAUAGUAAAAUAAUACGCUGAUCGUAAAAUGCUUUUAAACAAACAUUUAUUUAUAAAACAAAAGUUUGUCUUUGGCCAGAUUAGCCUACAUUUUCUUAAUAAAAUAAACACAGGCUUCACUCCCUUAAGACUUUGAAUAUCGCCGUUUCUGUCACUGCAACACACAGACACACACAAAUGACUGGAUAACGGUAAAUGUUCUAGCCCUGUCUGUUCAAAUAAUUUGGAAUAUUAUACUGCAACAGAUAUAGAACAAAGGCCUAUAGAUAACAAAACGGUGCCAAUUCAGCCUAAAUGCCAUGUUGUAGGAUUAGCUACUUGGCCUUUUCCUUUGCACUGUGCAAAAACAGAAUUGCAUCUACUGUACCAGGAUUCAGACGAUUCCGCCUCGCCUCUGAUAAAAUGUAGAAACUGUAACUUGAAUGCAAUGUAAGUCGCUUUGGAUAAAAGCGUCUGCUAAAUGCAUAAAUGUAAAUGUAAAUGCCUCUGAAACGCAGCCUGCUGCACUAAAUGAGCGUUCGCUUGCACCGCUUGUUGCAGGAAUGCACAAGAUUGUCCUAGCAAGGCGCUGCAGUCGUGGGAAUAAGCGAUCUUGUUUCUCCCAGAACAAAAGCAAAUUUUCCUGUGAGGACUCGUCUAACUGAAAGUUUGAAGAACAGUACUCUUCCACUUCAUCCAUCAUUCUGGGUGUCUCUUCUUCCCAUUCUGCAAAGUCCACCUUCUGCUUUUUCGCUCGUCCGCUGCCAUGUUCCGCUGCAAUAAUUUUAAAACGUAAUAAUUAAUUUAUUAUUUACAAUUUUUAAUACAAUUUUGACUACCUUGUUCUGCCGCUGGUGAGGAGAGAAAGGUGCCUUCUGCGUUCUGGCUGACACUGGGUUCUUCACUUAUAAGCUCUCGCACACGUCUCUUCACCUCCUGUCUGGAGUCAACAUUUUCAGUGAUUUAAAUCUGGGACAGAGAAAAGUGCCGACCUUGUGUGUGGAAGUUAGGAGCAUCUUCUCAUCAAGCAGGCUGGAUGCGCGAGCACGGAGAAGGACUAUGUAUGAUGGAUCUCCAAACUUGGACUCACAGUGUCUCUUAAGUUUGAAAAACCAGAGUAACACCAUGUGAAUUGUUGGGUAUUUUUCUCCUUCAAGCUCGUUAAUGGCUAAUUUGAAGAGAGUGAGGAAUUCAAUCAAGUGCAUGAGCUGGUCUUGAAAGAUGCCCUCCAUCCGAUGCAGCUGGCCUUUGUCUUCCAGGAGCUGUCUGAUGUCACUAUACUGUUUUAGUAUAGAUUCCAUCAUGUCGACUUUACUGUUCCAUCGAACUUCACAUUCUUGAAUGACAGCGUGCGCUAAACUUGCAACAGCACCUGUUCUCUUCAGAAAUGUCACCAGGCUUUUGCACUUAUCUAUCAUUUCCAGCACGUCUUUGAUGCCUUCUGGUGCAUUCCUCUCACUGAACGUGUGUCUUAACACCGUGUUCAGCGUGUGUGCGGAGCACGGAACCCAGUGGUAGGUCCGAAGUGCAGCCUUAAUGUUUGGGCCCUAGUCACUGACAAAAACAAUUUUGUCUGCUGUUAUUCCAUAACUCAUUAACACAGUGGUUAUUUGAUCAUGGAUAUUUUCGCUGGUUUUUUUAGAUGACUGUCAAAUUCCUCUGUUGCCAGAAUGCGACUUUCCAGAUGCCACUUCUCGUCGAUAUAGUGACAUGCAAGAACAGUAUAUGCCGUCUUGUUACUUUACAUACAAAGCAAACAACACUCUUUUUCUAACACCAUCCUAUAAUAUUUAAAAAUACAUUUAAAAUAUUUUCCUUGUAUGGCUCUUUUGCCUUUCCUCAAAAUGAUUUAAUAUUUUAUGUAAAUUAGGUGUCGUGAACUGGAGUGCAUUUUCUGCACAAUACAGACAGGAGUGCCGGGUGCCGUAUUCACAGACCCAGUGCCUACGGUGCAGUGAGAUACUGUAUUUAAAGACUGCACACCUAGGUAUGUCAGGAAUGACAGGAGGGGAGUCCUGUGUGGGUUUUAUUCAUUCAAAGAAUUUGAGGGCUACUGCUCGGUUGAUUGUUUUAUCAGUG